UCAGGUUUACAAACAGUCGUGGAUGGUAUCCACACUCUUCAGCAGCAUGUCGUCGAGCAGAAGAACAAGAUCAUCGAAUCCAUUAAUAUGCACAAGAGGCUCGUAUCACCUCUUUGGCGCUUGCCAACUGAAGUCCUGUCCCAAAUAUUUUGCCACUGUCUCCCGCAAAUCUCGGAACUCCAUGAAUUCCAGCCCCCAUCAAAGGUAACUGCACCUAUGCUGUUGACUAGAAUAUGUCGACGGUAG